CCUGGAACAACAUCCUAUAAAAAGGGAUGCAAAAGAGAAGCGCAAACUAAAAAGCUGAACACGGACAUCUAACUGGGAGCCAACAAGCUGUAAGGAUGCUUUCUUCAAGUGUUUUUAUUCUCCUCUUGUUUUUCCUCUGCCCAGGCCAGCCUGCACCCCAGUGUGCUGUGCCCGAGUCUCAAAAAGAUCUUGUCACCUAUCUGCUCAACCUGAUGGUCCAAGCUGAGACAGACAAUGCCCAGAAUAGUUUGAAUCCCAACCCUAGCCUUCUCCUGGGCCUGAGACUGGCACAACAGCACAACCUGUCAGUGGAGCAGAGCGCACUAACCAAACUACAGCAGGAUGUGGUCAGCAAGAUCCAAGGAGGUCUGCCAUUCUCCUCUGGCAAUGUGGCAUUAUACUGCAUGGCAAUGCAGGCCAGCUGUCACGAUCCCUCUGACAUCCCAGCUUCUGUCCUUCCUGGUGGUAAACUGAAUCUGGUGAAUGUGCUGGAAGAGAAGUUGGUGGAGGAGAUUUUUAAUAUUGAAAAAGCAGGCACGCCAGUCACCAACUACUACCAGGUCAGUCUGGACGUGCUGGCCUUGUGUCUAAUGGGUAAACCCAUGACUGCCCUCACCACGCAGGUCCUGAUUGAUGCAGCAAAAACCAACAAGUUCAACCUGAGCGGGACCUUCUCCGUGGACACCGGCUCGGUUGCCGUCCUGGCUUUGACCUGUUUGAAGCAAUUCAAGACCAUUCAGGCCUUUCCUACUUUGCAAUCCAGGAUUGAAUCCACUAUAAGAAAGCUGAUCACAAAGAUUGAACAGCAGAAGCAGGAGAGCGGAAUCAUCGGGAACUUGUACAGCACUGGUUUGGCAGCACAGGCACUGGUUGCAAAUCAGGUGAAUUUCAACUGCAACAAAACCAUCAAGACCAUCCUGGCCCAAGUUUCCGCUGGAGCUUUCAAUAAUCCGAUGACCGCCUCCCAAAUUGUUCCAUUCCUCGGUGGCUACACCUAUUUGAACGUGAGCAGCCUGAAAUGUUCUGCUGACCAGAAUAAUCUGCCACUGCCAACGCCCACCCACACCAGCCCACCAUCAUCCUCAAACAUCAGUGUCCAAUUCACUGUGGCGAACCCUUUCCUCAAUUCCAGCAAUUCCAUUGAUGUGUCAGUACUGAAUGGCUCCACUUUGCUGACGGUAAUGGAGAAAGCAGCUCAGCUUGAUCCACAACAUUUCAGUUUCACUAUUCAACCAUCCGCUUAUGGACCCUAUGUGACCAGCAUUCAGGGAGUUGCAGGGAAUUCGACUGAUCACACCUACUGGCAAUUUCUCAGUGGGACAACUAGCUUGUCCCAAGGUGUUGGAGACUACAAGCCCAAGAAUGGAGAGCACCUUGUGGCCCUUUUUUCGACAUAUUAGCUGACAAGCAAGAGGAGACUCAAAAUGUCUUCUCAGUUGCUGCCCUGAUUUGUCGCUGAACACGUCUCUCUUAAUGACUGAGGCGCUCUUCUGGGUUUUAAAUGUCUGUCGUAGUUUUCUCAUCUUGAAAGUUUACUUUUGCUUUCUCACCGCACCAUUUCGCCAUCUUUGGAUCUAAAAAUAAGUGCUACCAAUGAAUUUCCCGCAGGGCAUUUUCCUUGCGGCCAAAUUGUCAGUGACAUAAUGGGUACACGAUGCCUGUGCUGGGUGUAGCUGAACCCAUGAACAAAACAUGAGGUGCCAUGCAUUCUUUGGAAAAAGCGGAAUACAUAACUUCUACACCCUGCAUAAUUUAGCAAAAAAACAAAACGCUGUUUUGACAUUUAAAAAUGAAAAUGAAAAUAAAUAAAUAAAUAAAUAAAUAAAUAAAUAAAUAAAUAAAUGCAUCUGUGAUAUGAGAGCAGAGCUGGCACACCUGCUCCUGGGUAACUGCUGAGCUAUAUUUGGAGCAUGAUGGCGUGCAGCAGGAUGAAUAUUUGGAUUUAGCUCGUGUGAGUGCGUGUGUGUGUGUGCGUGUGUGUGCGUGUGUGUUGUAUACUCUAAAGGUGAAUAGAACUUAAGUUUAUAUCCAAAAUUUAUAUCCAUUUUUAUCAAGUGUCUCUGAAUUACUCCUAGGAAUUGUAUCCUAUCUGACUAGGAUAAGAAUUUGCCCUACCUCAGAGUAGGAUGUGAAAAGCUGUAAAGCGGCCUACAUCCACUCAGAGGCCACGUCUGAGAAUGAAUGACAUAGAGAUUUUAUGGCUGACCGAAGCUGCAAAAUGGCACUUGUAAAGGCAUUUUUUUCAAUAGACUCUAAUUGCAGACCUUCAGAGCACCAAUCCAACUUACAGCAUUUGAGAUACGAGUGAUUACAUUUAGUGGUGGUGGUCAGUGGUGGGAUUUGAACCCACAACCUGCUGGUUUGAGGUCCAAAACGCUCAAGCACUGCACCACACUGCCUGCUUCUCAGUAUACAGCGGGAGGGAGGGCUCGGCAGCAGUAAUGUGAGGGUGGACCAGCACUUUGGGAUACCACCUAUAUAAUACAAGGAGUUGACAGUACAUAAUUACAAAAACGUAGAAAUUCCCAACAGAAAUGACAAAAAAAAAAAAUAUUGUGAAAUAUAUUCAUUCAAAAACAACAAUAAAACUACAGAUAAAAAUCCUGCCUGAAAUACAGCAAUCGCAAGGUGCCUUUUAUGGUUUCUGCUCUGCCUCAGGUUUUGUUUAUUCAUUUCAUUGUUUAAUCAUGAUGUUUCCAAAUUUGUUAAUUCUGUUUUUUUAUUUGGUUUUGCGCAGGUAAAAUUGUUAUGUAUGCAUUAAUGUUCUCUGACGUUCCUUGUAUAUUGUGGGCGGAACCUCCCAAGAGGCGGGACUACCUUUCCCUCACUGCUCAUGGACCGCCCUCAGCCUAUAAAUUCAGGCAGGGAAGCAAGUCCCUUAGCAGUUCAUUAAUAAAGACUUUCUUUGAGUAAACUUUCUUCUGCUUCACUUUCCGAUUACAUUAUUGGAACUUAGUUUUCUUUUUGGGUUACUUUUUGCCUUGUUGUUCUUUUGGUAACUUGCUAAUAAAUUCUUUCUCAAGCAAAA